AUCUCAUAUGUAGGAAUUAUUCUCUGUUAUAGAACAUUUUGAUUGACCAGACUUCCCGAAAGUUAAAAAAAGUGUCAGACAUUCGUUCUGACAAACCAUGAAAAUCUGUCGGACCGAAACGAAAUCUGUCAGACCAAAUAAAAUUAAUCAAAAUCAAAGGAAAACUUUGUGUUUGUAUUUCUAAGACACUUUCAGUUUUAAUUUUUUGCCGUAAAAAUAGGCACAGUCCGUACAGCCCAUUUUAAUCUCCUCCCUGUCAUACACCAACGGUUCACGGUCCUGCUUCCAUUUUUCAUUAAAUUUUGUCUCAGGUUUAUUCUUUUCAUCCUUUUACUGUUGUUCUGCGCGCUCCUCUGACAUAGAUUUUCGUUUUCCCCAGGUUUGGCACCUUUAGCGGCGCCAUUUUGUAUACAUGCGACUUGGAUAAAAGCCGGACAGUUGGACCCAUCCGGAAAAAAAAUUGUCGGACCUAAUCAAAAUUUAUCGGUCAUGUCCGUCUGACCGACGUAUUUCGGGAAGUCUGACACCAGGACACUUCCGUACCCAAAACCUCUCUCAAUAUAUACAGAGAUAAUAUAAUAAGACCAUCAUCAUGACUAAGCCACAAUCCAGACACCAUUACUCUUGAGAUUGUACAUUGAUCGUCAUAUGUUUCUGUGAUCAUUGUAUGGGAUUUGAGAUUUAUUUUGUUUAUAGGAAUUUUAUUUUAGAAAUGUCCAAGUCUUUUCGUUUCACAGUCAUCUUCAUUUAACAUCCAUCAUUCAUUAUAUCAUCUUUCAGCACAAGUUUUAUUGACAUCAUAAUUAGAUAUUUCUAUAACAGUUGAACUAUGUCACAAAUGUCAAGGUGUGAUCACACUUGGAUGGAGAAAUCAUUUGAAUAUGCUGAGGAAGCUAUGAGGAAUGGGGAGGUUCCAGUUGGCUGUAUUAUUGUGUAUGAAGAUGCUGUAAUAGCUAAUGGUAGAAAUGAAGUCAAUGAAACAAAGAAUGCAACUAGACAUGCAGAAAUUGUAGCCAUUGACAAUGUGUUACAGUGGUGUAGAGAAAAGGGUAAAGAUUGGCGAGAAGUGUUCCACAAGUGUUCAUUAUAUGUUACUGUUGAACCAUGCAUAAUGUGUUCCGGUGCUGUCAGGAAUGUUGGUAUAGGUCGUGUGGUGUAUGGUUGUGCCAAUGAAAGGUUUGGAGGCUGUGGCUCAGUUUUAAAUGUUCAUAGAGACAGUCUUCUACAACUAGGACCACAGUUUGAGUGUGUACAAGGGCUGAUGUCGGACAGAGCUGUCAACUUGCUGAAAAACUUUUACAAGGGAGAAAAUUCUAAUGCUCCAGAAUCGAAAAGGAAAAUAAAGGAUAUGAAACUUUGAUAGCAAUAUCAUUUAUUAGUCACAAACCAGGACAUAGCUUUAAAAACAUGUAGUGGAAAGAAAUGACAUUUAUAUAUGUUCACUAAAUAAGUUGAGAAAAGAAGAGAAAAAACACUGAUUCCAGCAAGGAUUGUGAAC